UCCACUGCUUGGCUCCUCCCACUGCACUGUAAUUGGCUCAAGCCGUGUAUAUGUAGGGUCCAGGAAGCCUACAUCUCAGUCAGUGGCACCUGAGGUGAGAGGCACCCUCCAGUGGUGACAGUGUGGCCCGCAGAGAGGAGGGUGCCCCAGCACAGGAUGGAGGUUCUGCAACUGCUGACCCUGCCCUGACACCAGCUUAUGGGCCACCUCCAGCUUACCCUCCCACACAGCCCCCACCACCUGCCACAGGCCGAAUCCCACUGGAGUUUAGUGCUGCACACCCUGCCGUCACAGGGGCAGAGUUCCAAGAUCAUGCUCUGAGAGUCUAUCAGCCACCACAGCCACCACUGGCCGAGCAGAGUGUUGAGAACACGGUACCCGCGGGCACGACAGGAAUCCAACUGACGGCAAAAUUACAUGGGCAGGCAGACCAGCUGAGAAUAACACUUUCAGAUCUUGCUACAUCACCAUGCAAUAUCUUCAGUAGUGUCCGCCACAAGUGUACAGUAUUCGGUAUAUCUGAAGAAUUUGAUCUCAGCUGCCACAGGUUUGCCUUCUUGUAAAUGGUAACCAGAAUCUGCAUCAUAGUCCUCUAAGCAGGAGACCUCAUCGCAGGCUGACUUGACCCAGAGCCUUCAUCAAGAUGAAGAUGAUUCAUCAAAGCCACAGCCGAAACGCCUGCAUGUGUCAAACAUCCCCUUUCGCUUUCGUGAUCCUGACCUGCGUCAGAUGUUUGGGCAAUUUGGAAAAAUUCUAGAUGUUGAGAUAAUUUUCAAUGAACGAGGAUCAAAGGGAUUUGGCUUUGUGACAUUCGAGAGCAGCUUAGAGGCUGACAGAGCACGUGAAAAACUGAAUGGAACCAUAGUGGAAGGGCGCAAGAUUGAGGUCAAUAACGCAACAGCAAGAGUAGUGACCAAAAAGGCCCAGACUCCACUAAUCAAUGCUGGGUGGAAGAUAAACCCAAUGGUGGGAGCAGUGUAUGCACCAGAGCUUUAUACUGUGGCCAGUUUCCCAUAUCCAGUUGCCGCACCAGCGCUGGCCUACAGGGGGGCAACUCUGCGAGGGAGAGGACGUGCUGUCUACAACACGAUUCGAUCGGCCACUGCUACUGCUACUCCUACACCUGUCCCAGCCUACCCUGGUGUUGUUUACCAAGAUGGUCUUUAUGGGGCAGAAGUUUAUGGAGGAUAUCCAGCCUACCGGGUGGCUCAGCCAGCAUCUGCCACCACUACCUAUAGUGAUGGGUACGGCAGAGUAUAUACAGCAGCCGCCGACCCUUAUCACCACACUGUUGGACCAACCGCCACCUAUGGAGUGGGGACAGUGGCCAGUUUGUAUCGUGGGGGCUAUAACCGCUUCACCCCGUACUGACCAGCACCCAGCUCCACCUGGAUGAGCAGCUGCGCAGAGUUUUGCAGAAGGGCCAGUGAGCGCCAUCAGGGGUUGUAUGCUGACCUUGCUUCAUGAGACCAGAAGUCAGGUUUUCCAUGGUGGAAAUGAUACAAUUUCCUGUUUUUGGAAAUUCAUAAACAAACAAAAACACAACAUCAACAAAAAAACUUGAUGCUUAUAAGUGUUUUAGCAAGACAACUUCAGGGACAUUUCUUGGGCUCUUGCACCAAAGUGCACAUUUGUCAAUCAUCUCCUUGUAUUUAUCUUUGUUAAAGUAUUACAGUCAAAUGGGGGUAGUGGAGUGGGGUGACAGGGUGAUGUGGAGCAGGGUGGGCAGGGGCAGGGCACUGUGGGUUUGAAUGGGACGGGGCAGGUUUGUUAGGAGAAACACAAUCUGGAGUUUAAUAAUUUGGCAUCACUACCUCAUUUUAGGCAUCACUUUCCAUCACUGGUUUUAAAAAGCUUUAGGAGUCAGGGAGCAAGCUUGCCAUGUGAGAAGUGACAGGAGCCCAAGAGUGACAAGAGAAGUGACAAAAUGGUCAUGUGGCUCCACAAUGGCCAGUAGAGAAUUGUGAAAGGGCUAAAGCCAAAUAAAAAAGGGAGUUUCCUGUUAAGGGAAGGGGAUAGGUUUGUAUAUAUUGCACAGCAAAGGGAUUUCUUUCUUUCUUUUUCCUUCCUUUCUUUCUUUCUUGCUUGCUUUUCUAAAUUCUCUGGUUCUUUCCUUUCUUUCCACACUGCAUUGUGUCCUCCUUUGUGUUAAACAUGUGCCUCUCAGCUAAUAAACAUCCUCAUUUUUAAA